AUGAUCGGCCAGGCUCUGCGGCGGGACUCGCAGGUGCUGCGCUGCUUCUUGCGCGCCCUGGCCAAGGCGUCGCAGGGCUGCCACAGCGCGGCGUACGCGAAGCUGGCCUCGGAGCUGCAGCUCGUUGGCCUGGCGCACGGAAAUGCGGCCUUGGCCGCCAGGGCAGAAGAGGCCGCUGAGACCCUCCAGUCUGCGGACCUGCCCACGGCAGCGGAUCUGUUUUGGGCCUACCUUACUGCAAAAGCUCCGGAGAUUGCAUUUCUGGAGGCGCUGGAGCAGCUGGCCUUGCCAAUCAGUGAGCCGCAAGGCAUGCAACUGAGGGACAUGCAAAACGCCGUGGCGGCCCUUCUUUGCGGGCUGGCGCAGCCUCAGAUUUCAGCUGUUUUCAGCACUCCGCGCCUACUAAAGCUAGCAGAUCGCUGGGCAUGCUGCUUGGGUGGCGCAGCGCUUCCUACCCAGACCCUGCCACGUCUUGCUCUGGCCCUGUCGGAGCUCCUGCAGCUCCAGCUCAGAAGCCUUGAGCAAAUAGACGUGACCAACAUCGCGACCGCCUUGUUCACCGUGACGACAGCACAGAAACAGCACUCGACUUUGGAAGACCUCGCUGAUUUCGCCGUUGCCCUGGCCUUGGCUAAGCGUCUCAAUGAUGCCGCCCUUUGGGAGAUCCAAGAGGAGGUAGGUCGGCGCUUGGAUGGGGCGCGGGCGGAACCGCGGGCAUCCCCUGGCUGCCUGGUGCAGCUGCGGCAGGCUGUGGGUAGAGUUCCGGCCGGCAGCCGCGGCCUUCUGGGGGAGUUCCACAUGGUCUCAGGCCGGUGGCGCUUUUGGCCAGAGGUACAAAGUUUGGACGCCGUGGAUGUGUGGGAGGAGGAGCUGCUGCUGCUGGAUGGUGGGAAGCGGCCCGCCAGGUGUUGCCAAAACUGCUGGCAGUUGGCGGAGCUCUUCUCGAGCGGCACACAUCCUGGUUUGUGCAAGUCAUGCGCCAGCGAUGGCAUUGCCUGUGCUUCGGAGCUGGUACCGCUGUCAGGCAUUGAGGACCUGCCAGAUGGCUUCUCUGCACGCUCUUCAGCACGUUUGGCAGUGGCCUUGGCCCUGCAGUCUCUGAGUGGCAGCCAGGUGGUAAGGCCAGACCUGAUCGAACGGCUGCGCCUGGCUGCCGCGGACCUUCGCCACCGCUCCCUCGACCUUUGGCCCUUCGAGGGCCCUGCGGCGCUGUCGCCCCCCUCUGCGCGCGCGAGGAUCGCCCAGAGCGCGCCGGCAGUGCCGGUGCUGGUGGUGAAUUUGGACCGGAGCCCACACAGGUUGCAGGACAUGCGGCGGGAGGUGCAGCGCUGCGGUCUGCGCGCCCGGCGCUGCGCCGCCACGGACGGGCGGCACCGGGUGGUGCGGCGGUCCCGUUGCGCGGAGUACACCAGCGACCUGCCGAGCUUCAGCCUGCGCUGGGACGAGGCGCGGCCGGCACUGGGUUUGGCGCUGACUGCCUCAGAGCAGCGGCACUUCGUGGGUUAUGUGGGCAGCUGGCUGUCGCACAUGCGGGCAGUACGUCAGGGCAUCGAGGAAGGCGCUCCCUUCGUAGUGGUGCUGGAGGAUGACCAGGUCUUGAGCCCCGACUUCAACGCGGUGCUGGAUGACAUCAUCUCCUGUGCUGGGGACCUGCUGGAUGUGGUGGUGCUCGGUCCCUUGGACUGGCGACUCCGGAGCCUGCAGUACGCGCAGCCCAGGAAGGUCAUGCAGCUGCGUCAGCCGUGCGUAGCCGGAGCUUCCACAGAGGAGGAGUACAUGGCAAAGGUCUACGGGUACAAACCUGGCUCGCAGCCGGAGGGCACCUACUUCUUGUACUCCAUCGGGUCUAGAGCUAUGGCCGGGGAGGACGUGCUCUCCACUGGGUGCUGCGGGGUCUGGGGCUACCUGGUGAGCCGAAGGGGGUGUCAGAAAAUGGAGGCGUCCAUGAAGUUCAUGUGGGAGUCUUUUGAUGACGUGCUCCAAGCGGAGAUGCAGGGGGACAAUCGCUUCACGCGUAUGGUGGGAAAGCAUCGGCUUUGGGCCGUGUGGCCGCCGUUGGUGACUUCUGAUGGCAAGUGGCCCUCACAGAACUCGGGAGAGGACCUGGACUUUGGCAGGCAGUGUGUUCCCGUCAGUCCUCAUGCUGGCUUUCGAGAUCACACGCUGCAGACAGAGGUGGCGCACCUGGUUCUCGGCCCCGCUUUUGGAAGCCGAAGGCUGCGGGUAGCUGCGGCCAGCGCCUUGCUGUGGCCCAAGGUGGAGCCCGUCUGGGCCUACGUGGUCUGCAGCUGGCGCCGCCUCUUCCACCACCGCGCCGGCACAGGCGGCGGCUUCGAGCUGCGCACGGAGAUACAGCACAAACUCUACAAGGAGAGACGGUUUUUCGACAUCACGACCGAAGGCCUCACCUGGAGUUGGACGGUUCUGCGUGCGGCCUUCCUCUUGGGGCUGGCCGAGCCGGUGCCGUGCUUUCUGCCCAGCUUGCCGCCGGAAGGACCGCCCAUACAGCUGCCUCCCUUGACCCUGCGGAUUUUGCAUGGUCCGCUCGAACUGCUGGCCUGGUGUCCAGAGGCCUGGUUCAGAGACCUGCUGGAUGCUGCGCCGGGCACGCGCAUCGAGCUUGGCACGGUGCCGGUGACUCCCUGGCGUGCUGCAGAUGAGCUGAGGCGCCAGCUGCCUGGACUCCACCUGCAGGAUCUUUCUCUGGAUCGUCAGUCCAAUCCUGGAGGCGCGGCCCUGGCCUUCGCCGCUUUCGCCGACGGCGAGGCAAGCGACGCCGCGGCCGCGGAGGCGCUGAAGGCGCAGCUGGCGCUGGAGGUCCCGGCGCUGGUCACCGGCGCGCUGAGGACGCUGCUGGAGCUGUGGAGGGAGUUGUCCGCCUGGCGCGCUGGGCUGCAACUCGCCUUCCUGGGCCGCAACCCCUUCGCCGCGGCGCCGAAGUCCGCGAGUUCCUCGCCGGCAACGGCAAAAUCCGGGCGCUGGGCGCGGCUGCAGGGGCUUGCUUCAAAGCCAGCGCUCAAUGGCGCAGAGGUGCUCAUUGUGGAAGAAGUUUGUGAGAAGGCCCGGUGGCAGGUUCGUCUGGAGGAUGCCAGCGAAAUCCAGGUAAGGGCAGAGUGCCUGGACGUCUUCCCGGAGACACCUUGGCCCCCGGUUCCGGAACCAGGCCUCACCUUGGAGGAGGCCGAGGCGGCGGAAACGUCGGAGGAGUUCGAGCCGGGAUCUAACCAGUUCUGGAUGGGCGUGAAGCCAGCCGACUAG